AAACAAAAAAGUAUUGAUUUUGUUGUGAUUGUGAAAACGAAAAACAAAUAGUAUUCGUUAAAAUAUUACAAAAUAGACUUAUUAAAUAUUUAAAACUAGAUAAUUUAUUACAAUACUUACCGGCUACACCAGCCCUCCAACGACGCGCUCCUGAAUUCAGUCAUGGAGCACACGGAAGAGACGCCUGAUUAUGAUAACGUAUUUGCAUUUGAAACUGACCAUUUAGCCAUAAGAGGGAAUAAAGACUACAGUGAAAUGUUAAAAUAUAUCAUACAAUUAGAGACUCAGAAAACAACUGCCCUACAAAACAUUGAAGAUUUGUGUGAGACACAGAACAAAGCUUUAGAAGAUCCAGUAGCAUUUGUGCAAGAUUUACAGUCUGGAACGGUUUGCUUCCCGCCACACCAAAAAAUAGCAGAUUUACCAGCAAUCGACUGGAGUUUAUAUGGCAUUGAUUCAGAAAUCGAGAACAGCUACAAGCCCACAAAAGAAGAAUUAGAAUCUGCCACAAAAGUGAGAGGACGAAUAUUCACAGAUAGUAAACCCGAAACAUUCAAUCAACUGUGGUCAUGUGAGGAGCAGAAACGGUUAGAAGAGUUGUUAGAAAUAUAUCCUGAAGAACUUGUAGAAGCAAGGAGAUAUAAGAAAAUAGCCAAUGCCCUAGGUACUAGAACACCAGUACAAGUUAUGAGCAGAAUACAAAAGUAUUUUAACAAGUUAGCUAGAGCAGGCCUGCCUAUACCCGGCCGAGCACCUAAACGGGUCAACAAAGACAGGAGUAGAUCAUUUUUCUUUAAAAAAUCAACUUUCUUUCCUCAAUUGCACGUACCAGUUAAAAUGGAGGAUCCCUAUGACAGUAAUUGUAGUGACACUCAAGAAGGAACGUCUCUUGAUAUGAAAUUUGGUAACAAGUCCAUGCUGGAACUCUUGAAAGCUGCUAAGGAGCAGAGGGUAUUGGAUGAAACGAUGCCUGUGUAUCAAACAAAGACCAUUUGUGUGGGAUGUCAGAAAACUGGCUUCCUAGGAGCAAGGUGGACAGACAAUGCUGGAACUGAUUUUUGUACGGACUGUGUUGUAAAAUUGUUGCCUGCGGAAAAACUUAUACCUAUUAGACAACCAGCUGUAUAGACAAAAUAAAUGGUUAGCAAUAGCAAAUAA